CACAGUUUCAAGUGACUCAUAGAAGCAGCAAGCAAACAGUGUUUCAUCUCAUGACACUGUGUGUUCUGAUGCACCCUCGCCGUCGCAGCUGUUCUCCGCCACUCGCCUCCGCCGUCGAAUUUUUUCACUUAAUUGCUAUCACCGCGGAAUCAAAUCACCAUGUCAACCCCAGAUUCUCGAUCACUGAAUUGGCACUACACAGAGCUCGAUGACAGAGACCUUGAGAUCCGAGGAAGGACCCUUUUCUUCAUCAUCGUACUCUUCUCCAUUAUCCUUCUCGUCACUGUUCUCUUCCUGUACACUCGCUGGGUUUGCCGCUACCAGGGGCACCUCCCCACCACCGUGUUCACCGGCGUCGUCCACCCGCCGCCGCCUCCUCCGCCGCAGGGACUCGACCCUGCUUCGAUUAAGAAAUUGCCCAUUAUCCUCCACCAGGCGCCGUCGGAUAACGGCGGCGCGUGGGAGGAAACGGAAUGUUGUAUUUGCCUCGGCGAGUUCAGAGACGGUGAGAAGGUGAAGGUUUUGCCAGGGUGUGACCACUUUUUCCAUUGUGAUUGUGUUGAUAAGUGGCUCACUCAUCACUCUAGCUGCCCACUCUGCAGAGCUUCUCUAAAGGUUGAAUCUUCAUUCCCAAAGAUUUUGAUUCAGGAACCACCCAUUAGAAUUGACAUCCAGUUCUAGCUUCUUCUUUUUUUUGGGUCUUUGUCUUAUUUUCAAAUAUUAAUAAAAAAUCAAAACUUUUGCCUUUUCUUUUGAGUCAUGUAAAUGGUUGUAAAAAAAAAGUUGUUGAAGCUAUAUGCUAAUUGUAUAUGGUGGAAUAUAAAUUUUUCUUGCCACAGAAAUUAUUUAAUGGGUUGGAGCUGUUUUGAAAAAAAUUGUUUGUGUAAACGUUAGACAGUUGCACAUGGCAUUGGCGGAAGAAAGGGUAGUUUGUCUGUGAUAAUGUUAAAUUAUGAUAUGUUCCCACGUUGGAUGAUAGAAGACUCGGGGUUCGGAAAAGUCAUAUAAUUUUCCUCAACGCCACUUGUUCGAUAAAAGUCUUGAAAGAUGUUGCACUUCUGAGUCAGCUGUGUGCUUGGUCUACUAAUACUUGGAUUUGUGGUCCUGCCUCUUAGGUUAUGUAAGUGGAUAUGUGAAGAUUUUUUAAAGUCACAUUGAGUCCCCAAAAAUAUGGUGCUCUUGCUCCUUGCCUUGCUGUUACUGCCCAAUCAGCUUACUCUCUAAUUAUUUUGUUUGAUAUACGUUGAGAUGAAUUUAAUAAUUUGGAGCCCCAUAUUGUAAUUAAUGUUCAUGAAAUUCAUUUGAAAAUAGGCCCAGUGGCACUCUUUUGUGCCAAGUUUGAUGUUGCUUUCUUGCACCUACUUGUAUUGGACAAUAAUGUUCUGCAGAAAAUUUAAUCUGCCAAGUUGCGACUUGGCGUGGUGUUUCUAAGAUAAACCAGCAGCAUUCAUUGCGGAAACUUGCUAUGAUAUGGGUGAUGGAGGUUACUUACUACUAGUGUACAUGUAAACUGAAUGAUUGAUUUGUGACAUGACUGCUUAAAUUUAAGUUAUGUGCUUGUGCAUCAUUUGGUAGUUCCGUGAGGAAACUCAAUUGUUGGGUUGAUCCGCUGGGUGUUUUGUUUUCAAAAGAAUAUUAUCAGAAAUAUGAUAAAGU